UCCUUGAGAGUUAGAAUACUUAUAAAGAGCCCCAAAGAUAUCUUAAUAUAUAAUCCAAAAGGGAUCACCAAAUUUGCGUAAAAACCACUUAAUUGCCUCACCUAGCUUCUUCUCUCUAGCUCUUCAACCUUAAAUUCCAAUUUUGACAUCACUCCACACUUCUUCAAAAUUAUAUAUUAGCCUGAAUACAUAAUCCUCAAACAAUUAUAUAUGGGGCGCCACUCUGUUUUUGUUAAGGAAAAAACAAGGAAAGGAUUGUGGUCACCAGAAGAAGAUGAAAAAUUGUACCAUUAUAUCACUAGAUUUGGUGUUGGCAGCUGGAGUUCAGUCCCUAAAUUAGCUGGUUUACAAAGAUGUGGAAAGAGUUGCAGAUUGAGAUGGAUAAAUUACUUAAGGCCUGAUCUUAAAAGAGGAAUGUUUUCACAGGAAGAAGAGGAUAUGAUCAUUGCUUUCCAUGAAGUUCUUGGAAACAGAUGGGCACAAAUUGCAGCAAAAUUACCAGGGAGAACAGAUAAUGAGAUAAAGAAUUUCUGGAAUUCAUAUUUGAAGAAGAAGCUGAUAAAGCAAGGGAUUGAUCCAAAUACCCACAAGCCGCUAAGUGUAAAUCAUCAAGUAAGAAAUGAGACAAAUUGUACAGAUAAGCCCUCAAAUUUGCUGAUGCCCAAGCUCCCAAAUAUGUCAAAUUCAGGUGAAAUAGAGGAACCAUUUCACUUAAAUAGUAAAAGAAUUUUCAACAGUGAAGCAAUUACUAGACAGUUGACAGAAGUUUCAAGAAACCAACUUGUGAGUAAACAAGUCUUUGAUCCUCUGUUUCUGUAUGAAUUCCAAGCAAAUGUGAAUCCAACUGGACCUUAUGAUGAUCAUCACAACCAAAUUGAAAGGAAUCAAGAUUUUGGGUUUUGCUCAAUGCCAAGUUUAACAAAUUUACAACAUGGACACACGACAACAGAAAGUGAUUUUUCUCAUAGCUCAACUUCAAGAAUGAGUACAAGCAACAGUUCAAGUACAAUGAUCAGCCAGUAUAGUUCUGCUGGAAUUCAGAUUAAUCAAAUGUUGGAAUGGGAUGCUGACAACAAAAUUGAUUCUCUAUUUCAGUAUCCUUUUGUUGGGAUAAAAAAUGAACAAGAUUUCAGCAAUAAUAAUCCAUUGAGUGGGGAAAAUCUUGAUGUGUUCCACCAUAUCUAAUUUUUUGUAACUUCCAUCUUCUCUAUUAUUAUUUUUUGAUUUUAAUUCUUAUAUACAUGCAAAUAUACAAAGCUGUAUCAAGAAGACUUUGAGUUGAGAAUCGUCUCUUCUCCCUUUGUUGUCUUCCUUCUUUGUAAAGUUUUGGCCAAAAGUGCAUUUCUUUAUUACUGCAUUGUCUCAGGAGUUUA